GAGAUCAACUUCCUCAGAGCCAUCUAUGAGGCAGAACUGUCUCAGAUGCAAACCCACAUCUCAGACACUUCUGUGGUGCUGUCCAUGGACAACAACCGCAACCUGGACCUGGACAGCAUCAUCGCUGAAGUCAAGGCCCAAUAUGAGGAGAUCGCUCAGAGGAGCCGGGCUGAGGCUGAGUCCUGGUACCAGACCAAGUAUGAGGAGCUGCAGGUCACAGCAGGCAGACAUGGGGAUGACCUGCGCAACACCAAGCAGGAGAUUGCUGAGAUCAACCGCAUGAUCCAGAGGCUCAGAUCGGAGAUCGACCACGUCAAGAAGCAGUGCGCCAGCCUGCAGGCCGCCAUUGCUGAUGCGGAGCAGCGUGGGGAGAUGGCCCUCAAGGAUGCCAAGAGCAAGCUGGAAGGGCUGGAGGACGCCCUGCAGAAGGCCAAGCAGGACAUGGCCAGGCUGCUGAAGGAGUACCAGGAGCUCAUGAAUGUCAAGCUGGCCCUGGACGUGGAGAUCGCCACCUACAGGAAGCUGCUGGAAGGCGAGGAGUGCAGGCUGAGUGGCGAGGGCGUUGGACCCGUCAACAUCUCUGUGGUGCAGUCCACUGUGUCCAGCGGCUAUGGCAGCGCUGGGGGUGCCGGCAGUGGCUUCGGACUGGGCGGAGGCAACAGCUACUCCUACAGCAGUGGUCACAGCCUUGGAGGUGGCUUCAGUUCUGGCAGUGGCAGAGGCAUCGGGGGUGGCCUCAGCUCCUCUGGUGGCAGCAGCUCCACCAUCAAAUACUCCUCCACCACCUCCAGCAGGAGCUACAAGCACUGAAGUCCUGCACUGGCCCUUGUCCCACCCUGCUCAGCCCUCUGGUGUAGAGCCCUCUGCUCAGGAUCUUUUCCUCCUCUGCCUCCACCUCUGCUCUCUAGCUGGGGCUGCGGAAGGCCCCUGCCCUCCUGGCUCCUCUGUCUACCUGCUCCUCAGAGAUCCAGUGGCUCCCCUCAGAAUGUCAUCCUCUGAUCUCACAUCAUGGUUCAGUCACAUCUGGUGUCUCACUUUAUUACCUAGUUAUCAAGGUUUUGCCUUUAUAGCUCUCCCUGAGGCUGAGCAUUACAAGAACAUUGUCUCUGUCCUCUGAUUCCAGAAAGUCUUGCCUGAAGCACAGUCAAGAAUUCACAAACAGGCAGAUUCCCUUCAAUUUCCAUUGACCCAAGAACACCCCAUCUUACCGGGUUGUGAACCUCUUUUGUAAUAACUGUGGAAACACAAGUGAUGAAUCCUAUGAUGUACAGAAUCUGUAUCUCUGUAUUGGUUUAUCUUCUCUUUGCUUUCUUCCUGUUUGUUUCUAAUUGCUAAAUAAAGCAGAUUUAUACUAUAA